AUGCUUAAUUCAGAAAUGAUUGUCGUUAGAUUACUUAAGAUCGGCCGGGAUAGAGCGAUUCGGCAUUGGGUUGUUGGCCUGAGCUUCUUACUGAUUUUAAUGAACGGUGUCAAUGGAAUCAAUAGAUCAUUGAUAAAUCGUCGAGCUGGGGGAGCUUUAUUUGGAUCGGAAUCUGUUCCAGCAGCUUUGCCAUCUUCUAGCGAGGUACAUAAGACUUUGAAAUCGGCUGGAUUUGACAUUAUUGAUCGGUACUGGGAGCCAUUGGAGAUUAAACGCUAUGUUCCAACUUUAUCCGGGGAUCGUGCCGAUAUGCCUCAUGGAAUCCAAAAUACUCCUAAAUACACGGUAAAGUGUCCAGGCACUUACAUCGAUUUUAGAUUGUGUAAGUAUUACGAUGCUAUGGAUGCCAUGGAUACGUUGAAUGCAUUAAGAAAUAUUGCCCGUAUUCAGGUUCCACGGGCUAAGGUGGAAUACGAUUUGUGGGAUUCAAAUCACCACAAGAUCCGCAUGAGAAUUCUAUCACGAGUUAUUAACAUGAUUGAUUGCGAGAUACUGAUGAUAGAAUCAUCUCAAUUUCUAAAAGAUAAAACACAAAUUGAUCCGGCACAUCUACCGGAUUAUACAGCCGAAGCACAGAACACCGUCAGGCAUGCUAUGUACGAAUCAGUGUGUUGUGUCACUUUUUCAAUGUAUAGUUAUCUUAGUAAGCUAUUGCCGAUAAACAGCGCUUUUGUCUUGUUGCGGCCGAUUGUAAAAGUCACCCUAACAGGCAUAGAGUUCAACAACGCUCCGUAUCUUGACAGGCUUACCCUAGUAGAUAAUUACACUAUCGCUUUUAAGUCUCUGCCCAGAACAGUUGACAUUAACCUUUCUUCCCUCCAAAAAUCAACUGCCAAGUGCGGGAUGAUUAUAUUCCUGGACGCAGAUCCCCAAGUAACCCUAACUGGUCUUGACCAUGCUAUUAACCAGCACCCAAAUCUGACUAUAAAUAUACCUUGGACUUCUCUUCCGCAUCUGAUCAGAUUCAACGUAUCCUACAUUCGAGUUCACGCUAUUUCCGGUCUCCUAAUCAACUCAGAUUCUAUUCGUAAAUUCUAUGCAUUCCUUCAAGAUCUGCCAACGAACCCAAUUAGCACUCGAAUUGAGGUAGAUGAGGUUGUUUUCAAGGUGCCCACUUAUAGGGCAUGCGGUCCCUGCGAGUACUCUAAGGGCAUCUACACGCCAGAAGUCAUGGUCAACUAUGGCAUCGUAACUAACGCUGUUAAAAUCCAUUAUAAUCCGGGCCGAACAGACCUGCAAGCAACUAUAGCCCUACUUCAUUCUAUCAAUGCCGUGCCAGAGUCAGUGCUAAAGGAAGCUAAGGACGAAAUGAUUGUGUGUUGUGGCGAUAAAACCAACAAGCCUGCCUGGUCACUUCCGCAGACAGUUAACAUUCAAUUUAGCUGUCCCAAGUUAAAAGAUCUACUUGAUAAGUACAAUGGUUCUAAUUAUUACUGCUUCUGCCAGAACUUAAUCUACAAAACCCUUAACAUCACUGGCAAACAAAGUCCGUACAAAGGACAAGUUUAUCUGUGCAUGUUGUUCCUUAACAAUUUGGGAAGUAUCAGAGGCCAAAAGCUAUGCAUUUCGAAGAUUCGUGAUGGAAGAAGAACCACGAGCAAGUUUGAUCUAGUCGCUCUGCAAGCAAAAGCCGCCAAAUUUCGCCGGUACACUCUUGAUCUUGAUAUUUUGAUAUUAGACAAAGUUGACAUUGCCAUUAUUUAUAGGAUCUUUGGGUGUUAUGAUAUUGUCAAGCUAAAUGAGGUGCAUAUUUUAAACCAGGCAUUUAAGAAUCUGGCUAUCGCCCAGCUUCUUUCCCAAGCACUAGGGGAAAAGGUCACAAGGUUAGUGCUCAAUGAUUUGACUAAACUGAAUGAGAUCAAGCGAUACGAUCAGCGAGACAAAAUCAAAGGCUUCUCAUUGUUCAAAUACGUGAAAGAAUACAGGAAAGACAACGAAUCGGUGGAAGGUCUUCAUCUAGACAAACUGGUUUUGCAGCUAGGUUGUGUUGAUUUUAGUGCACAGAGCCGAGCUUUGUCCGAGAUUCGCGAUCACGGCGUUCAGAUUCCGGUUCUUAUUUCAUUUGAAGAAUAUCUUGCCAAUACGUUGACUGUGGCGGGUGAUAAGUUAGUGCAACUUUAUGGCAUCACGAUUGAGGCCUUAAAAGCAGAUAUAAACCAUUGUCAAACUCAGGACCAAAGUCAAAAUCCAACCGAAGCACAAACCCCGGUCAAAAAUUCGUAUAUCACGGAGUUGUCCCUAAAAUUCCACGAGCAGCACAUGCUAACCGAAUCCACCUUAGUGGAUAUUAUCACUUGGAUGGCCUGUCGAUUUGAGAACGUGGCCAAAUUGCAACUGCUAAAUGUUAAGGCAUCAAAAGAAGAACGGAAAUUAAUAGUUUCGCGCAACUACCUAUUCCGCGACUUACCAACACUCAAUAGCAUUCAACUAUCCAAAGGAAAUUCAAAGAACUCAUUUAUUGAACUGUUAAGCCGGUCAUAUCGCCAUGUUCUCAUGUCAGAAGUUCCAUGUCCAGAAUCUAUUACCAUUGUGACAUUAUCUACCGUGUUAGAGAGGCUUGCUGAGAAUGUAGACAAGCUUAGUGAGCUUACUAAUCAGCACAUCAAUCCUAAGGCAACCUUCCACCAUAUUGAACGUGAGCUUAAGACAAACAAUGAAAACAAAGAGCACGAUGAGGAAGAUGAGGAAGAUGAUAAUAUGUGCGAUAUAUGCUGCUCCUACGACCCAAUACUAACCGUGCGCAAACCAAGAAGUGCCUGGAAUGGCCUGUUGUGUAUUGCAAAACCACAAUGCCCAGCCGAGUCAGAGAGCAGCACCGUGACAACGCUCUGUUACUUCACGUGUAGGCACCGUCAAUGCAAUAGAUGCGCGUUCACUAAUUAUUCACAGAUGCCAAAAUGCCCUUACUGUCAACGCCCAAUCAGAAUUGAUAAUAUCUACCGUCUUAUCCGUGUUCCUCGAUCUGGCAUUGGCUUUAUCGCUUCAAGUGCUCAGGCGUCAGAGGCAGCUAAUAACAAGUGGCUCGAGAGCAAGGUCUGGGUUGAUGAUCACGUUUAUUUGUAUGUCGCAGAUAGACAAACAACUGAUCUUCUCACUAUACACGAAAGAAUGCCAUCCUAUGACGAAUCCAAUCCAAUCCAUGUCAUCUGA